AUGGAGACGCGGUACCUUCACAUGACCUUCUUCUGGGGGAGGAGGACGGAGGUCCUGUUCCGGGGAUGGCCGGGCGCAAGGGGGGGCAUGUACGCGGUGGCCUUGGUCUUCGUCUUCUUUCUGACCUUUCUCAUCCAGAUGCUCUCAUGCCGCCGGCUCACCGAACUCGGGCGGCGCAGUCCCUUGCUAGGCGGCUUCUUCCGGACGGCAGUCCAUGCGCUCCAGACGGGGCUCGCCUACCUGGUCAUGCUGGCGUUGAUGUCGUACAACGUCGGGGUGCUGAUGGUGGCCAUCGGGGGCAGCGCCGCCGGCUUCUUGCUGUUCCAGAGCCUUGUCUUCUGGGCCAGGCGGCCGGGUGAGGUCUCCUCCACGAAGUGUUGA